AUGUUUUUAAUGUUCCUCUGCAGGCUGAUCAGCGAGCGAACGGUGGAGGAGAACAUUUUGAAGAAAGCCAAUCAGAAGAGGAUGCUGGGAGAUAUGGCCAUUGAAGGAGGAAACUUCACCACUGCCUUCUUCAAACAGCAAACCAUCCGAGAGCUCUUUGAUAUGAACGACGGGGAGAGGAGGGAGGUGGCAGUGGAGCUCUCAGUGCCCCAGGCUGAGGAGGAGGAGGCUGUCAACAAACAGAGCACCACCAUUCUGGAGCAGGCCCUGUGUCGUGCCGAGGAUGAGGAGGACAUAGUUGCUGCCUCUCAGGCCAAAGCGGAGCAGGUGGCAGAACUGGCGGAGUUCAAUGAGAACAUACCACUGGAUGACGGAGGGGAACAGGAGGAGGUGGAGGAGCUCUCCAAGGCCGAGCAGGAGAUCGCUGCUCUGGUGGAGCAGCUCACUCCAAUUGAACGCUACGCCAUGAACUUCCUGGAAGCCUCACUAGAAGACGUGUGCAAAGAGGAGUUGAAGCAGGCUGAGGUAACACCACAUUUUUUGAUCCUGUUGUCUUAA